AUGCAGCGAUGUAUUUUAUCUUCACCUGCGCAAAAGAUGUUCUUGCCCCGAACAGGUCAAACAAGAUUUUUUUGGGAAUAUGUGAAUAUGAUGUUUAAUAAACCAGACCCUGAACGGAUAAAGGCUGUUGGUCCAGACCGAGCUUGUGCAGAAUGGGUACUUAGAAAUGGUGGAAAAGUAACAUGGGUUGGUGGCAAGAAACUAUCGGACUAUAACCUAUUACCACCAGAGGGAAAUAAAGUGGCAAAGUUAUUAGAAAUUGAUGGUUCUGAUUCAUCUAUAUCACACUAUGGUUUCCCUCACUUAGAAGGAUGUACGAUGUUGAAAAAUGUAGUACUUCAUAAUAAUAAAUAUAUUGAUGAUAGAGCACUAAAAGGAUUGGCAUAUGGCAAAGACGUGGUAUCUUUUGUUCAAGUCUCAAAAUGCCCAAAUGUCACAGAUAGUGGUCUGAAGGAGAUGACAGUUCUAAAAAAUCUGCAAACUCUUAUAUUGUAUGAUUUAAUCAGUGUGGAAAAUUUAAAAGAAUGUAAGCAGUUCAUAAGUGCAACACUUCCAAAAUGUAAAAUAUUAGGUAGUGCUGAAAAUGUGUAA